AAAAUUGGCACCAUAUCUGGGAGAUGUUUAUCACCGUGCACCCAGGUUUGUGUCUGGCAGUACACCAUGAUCAUUCUGUAAUAUUGCCAUGUAAAGAAAACCUGGGAAGUAUCAGGUUUAUCACUCAGAUAAUUAUACCUCAGAUCAGAACAGCGAUGUAAUACACUAAUUAAGCCCAUCAUGUUAAGGACCUAUGUGAUUUAGUCUUUUAACGCAAUUGCUGAAGGAAUUGGAGCUGUGGAGUUGUCUCUGUGCUGUCUGAAAUGGCACUCGUAUGUGAAUCCUCUAUAAAGUAGACAUAUUAUUUAUUUCAAAAUGGUGAAGGUUUCUAGAGCAGAAACGAGAGUCAAGAAUGGCGGCCAUAAUAAUUCAGGGGACUUGAAGCUGCCUCGACUGGUCCUCAGGGAGACCAAAGUCAAGCGGCGUCUGCUCCACCCUGUACCAGACUCUGUAAAAUUGGCCCAGCUACGUCAGUACCUGCGACAAACACCAUCACAUCAGGAAGAGGGUGCCGGACCAGAUGCAGUGGCAGACAUAACCUCCAGAGUGAGGCUGCUACAUCUCCCCGAUAUCGUACCUGUUGACACUUUCCAUAUUGAGAAGAUGUCCACAGCCUUUGCUGUGUGCGAGGCCAACAAUGUGAUUGUGCGAGCAGAGAAAGAAGUUUCUGCAAAUAAUGGUCUGGGAAUCCACAAGCCUGACAUACUCUGUACCUGCAAUAUGUGUGAAACGUUCAACAUGAAGUCACCGAAACUCCUCUACCGCAAACAGUUGGAAAAGAAUGCAAUGGGGGUGACCCCCAGGCUACUGACGCAGCUUCAACUCAAUCAGCAGAUGAACAUGUUGCGCGCCAUGCAGGACUUGUCUCCAAUUCAGAUGUACUCCAGUAGAAUGAUUCGCUUCAAACUUAUGCAGAACCACCGCCGGCAGACCAUGCCCAUGCGACUGGCACAAAGUUCCUCAAGCACGCCCACUGUUCCAUACUCAACAGCCGACAUUUUAUAUGGAAACGAAGUUCGGCAGUCUCCACAAGUAGAUGAUAUUCGACAAAACAGUUUUAUUGACUAUAAUCCAAAGGAUCGAGAACGGCUAGGUUCCCGGGACCUUAGUGAUCAGAGUGGUAGGAGACCAGGGAGCAAGGGAGGCUCCCGCAAGUCCCUGUCCAUAGAGAAAGUGUCAUUUGGAAAGGAGAGUGAGGACAAUCUACGCCCAAUACUGCCUUCUACCAAGCAGACCAAUCAGUACCGCCCCAAUGGUCUGCGCUCCUCACUACUCAAAGGAGAGCCUCUGUUCAGCUCCAGAAGUCAUACCUCAGGGAAGGAUGCUGACGAACUCAUAGCCAUGGGCACCAUCUGGAGUCCUGGUGCCCAACAGUCACAACAGCCUCCUCAGAAAAACCUCUCAGGGCCCUCCCAGUCUGCCAAUGGUCCUGGCAAGACUGUCACCGUGGGAACAGGUUCAAACAGUUCUACGACCUUGUCUCAGACAAGGAAAUAUGGCUCCAACGUCAAACCCAUCAUGGUGCAGAAUGCCCCAGCCUCGGGCAUGAAGAACAAUAUCAAGGACGUGGAACCUAAGUACACAGACCCCCUUGUUGGUGCUCCCGCAUCCUUUCAGCAGAGACUGAUGGAGUUAAGUGCCCUUGAGGCAGAGACAGUUAGAUAUGAAAGGAGUAAAAAGGUGAAAAAGAAGGUAAAACAGGACCGAGAUUCUUGAGAUUGAUUCAGCCUAAUACAUUAACACAUAAGGAGCCAAAGUUAUACAAUUGAUCAACACAAAGCAUGUUGUCUGUGAUACCAUGCCCAGGAUCUAGGGCAUUAUACUUGUGAUAUUGGAUGGUAGUGACCAGUGGUCUGGAGGACUGACCAGUCUCAUGGUCUAACUGACCAGUGUGCUGAUACUAACAGACUGGUCAGUGUAAGGAGGAAGGCACAGGACUUAAGAAAGCCUAUGUCGUAUAACAGUGCCGGAGUGGGCACAGAGGGCUUCCACAGCACCCAAUGGACAGUCCAGGGAUGGGGCUAAAUCCCCGCCCCUGAGGGUACCUGUCUCCCCUCCCCUCAGGACCUCUAUGAGGAUUAUAAUACAGCUAGUCCUGUGUAAACUAGGGCGAUUAUGUCCUGGAUUACUGUUAGAAUUACAUUUUGCACACUAUUUUAUACUACAUACUAUUACAGUUCAUCUAUUGUUGAGGAAAUCAUUUUAUUAUUUUUGUUAAGAAUUAUUGUUGAGUCAAUUGUUUAUGUGCGUCCAUUAAUCUGUCCAUUCUAUUAACAUAAUACAAAUGUAUAUAUUUAUUGUAACCUACAAAUAUUUGAUCUAAUUCUUGUAAAAAAAAAUAUAGUUGCUACUUACACUAAAAGAAACCUAUUUGACAGAAGAACAAAGAGUUGAUAUUGAUACGAAAUAUACAUUAAGUUCCUUUUUGGUAUACAAAAGUAUUUGGUAUAAGUUUUUUUAGAAUGACUUCAUUACAAAUCAAAUGACUUAAUUAACAAUGAACAUGUUAUUUCAACAAGUUGAAUAUUUCAACAUAACCUAGUUUUAAGGUUCUUCCUUGUGCUAUAUGAUAAAUUCUGGCUGUGUGUGUCUGUGAGUGUGUAGGUGAAUGGGCUUUAACACUAGGCAAGAUUGGGUUAACUUUUUUGGUAGACUUUGAAUGCACAUUUAUAGAGUAGCAGCGAGCGCAAUCCAGUAUUACAAUCAUUUGAUGGUUGUCAUGGAAACACUCUACCUAUUUAUUUAUAAUCUGUUAUAAAUCCACCUCUUAUCUAUUGAAAUUGCACCAAAUAUUUCUUUUCCAUCUGAUUACUUGAGAAACUGUUAGUAGCUUAAUAUAAAACAGGGCCUUUCCAGUGGUAUUAUGGUGGGUGAUGUCACUGUUAGUAGCUUCAUAUAAAACAGGUCCUUUCCAGUGGUAUUAUGGUGGGUGAUGAGAUAUUGUCCGACGUAGUGGUAGGAAUUCAGUUACUGUUACCAGGAUAAUACACAAACCUUCAGACACCUUGGUAGAGUAUAUAAAAAACAACAAUUUCUUUGUUGUCACCAUCUUUUCAUCAACUAUUAGGUUCUAUUUAUAAAUUUACAAAAUUGUCCUUUUUUUUUUUUUUUUUUGAUAAGUGACUUGCUAUAAAUUGAUAAAGUGAUAAACAUAAAAAAUAAAACAUACAAAAUAUUUUGAUUUCCUAAUCAGUGUAUGCGGUAAUAAGAAUCUACUCAACCCCCACCUCGGUCAUCUCACUUGUUAAGUCAAGAUCAUGGGUCAAUGGUGGGGUUCCCUUGACAUGUUCUAAAUCACAUAAACUACCAGGGUACCAGGGUAUGGUCACUGCUGGCUACUCAAACUAGGACAGACCUGGCCAAAGGACACUCGAGCGUAACUACAACCACACGAUUUGUGUGACAGGCCAACAGUGACAAUAUUUGUUGGUUUAAAGGUUCAAUAUUUAUUUUCUAAAUAUGGCCGCUGAAGGCAAAUAUCAACCAAGUCUGACGUUAGUAGACAGCUCUGUGUAGUUGUCUUAUUGUCAACUUUAAUCUGUUGAUUAUGAUAGUGAUACACCAUCCGUCCACUUAUACAUUGUAUGUUCAUUUUUAGUUUUCAUGUACUUAUGCACAUAGCAACACUGUAAAUGUGGGCAUUGACAACCAACUGCUGAUAACUGUAUGUCAACGAUACAACUUGUCAAUUAAAACUAGAGA